UGGUGGUGGUACAGUAUCCGUAGAACCGCCAUUUCUGCCCUUCUUACUUUCGGGUUUUUGAACAAAAGAAAAGAGACUGAUGUUUUGGGGGGAAGAUAUCAUCACCGGGCGUCGAAGAGUCGGUUUCUAGCUCAGCGAGAGAGAGAGAGAGAGAGAGAGAGAGAGAGAGAGAGAGAAGGACUGAUUCUCUGAGGAAGGUGCGAUGGACAACUCAUGCUUCGUUUACUGUGUAAUACUGCUCAAAGGACCAACUUUCUUUUUCAUCAUAUGAAUUAUUGUGAACGAGAAGAAGAAUUUUCUUGGGUUCUGGCUCUCUGCAUUGCAGGUGUCAUUCUUUUUUUCUCUCCCUCAUGGGUUGAUUCGCUAUCAGUGGGGAGUAUGGGCUCUAGGACGGGACUGAAAACCAGUUAUGAGCUUUAAGCAGUGGUCGAGACAUGGGUGUUCCCGCUUUGUUUACUAAGUUGGAGAAAUGAACCCGCUUGGAGGAGAGAAGAGCAUCUGAGAUGUUGUCUGCUGUCUGUGAGAGACUCAAAAGCAAUAAGUUGCAGAGUUUGGCGAGUGUGGUAGAGGAGAUGAAGGGUCAGGGAGAAUUGCAGGGUCAGCCAGGCGCUCGGAAAAUCAUAAACUCAGAGCUAUGGCAUGCCUGUGCUGGCCCCCUUGUUUCCUUGCCCCAAAUAGGCAGCUUGGCCUAUUAUUUCCCUCAGGGACACACCGAACAGGUGGCCUUUUCUACGAGACAGGUUGCCAACUCGCAUAUCCCAAACUACGCAAGCUUGCCUUCUCAACUGUUGUGCCAAGUUCACAGUGUCACACUCCAUGCAGAUAAAGAUACUGAUGAGAUUUUUGCACAGAUGACUCUUCAACCUGUGAAAAAUGAGAUGGAUGUCUUCUCUUCUCCACAAUCAGAAUCAAAGCAUAGUAAACAGCCUAGUGAUUACUUCUGCAAGACAUUGACUGCAAGUGACACAAGUACCCAUGGGGGUUUCUCAGUACCUCGUCGUGCUGCUGAAAACCUAUUUCCUCCUCUUGAUUUCUCAAUGCAGCCUCCAACUCAGGAGCUUAUAGUCAGGGACUUGCAUGAUAACACUUGGACAUUCCGCCAUAUUUAUAGAGGUCAGCCAAAAAGACACCUUCUAACAACUGGAUGGAGUUUAUUCAUAAGCGCAAAAAGACUUAAAGCUGGCGAUUCAGUACUUUUUAUCAGGGAUGAGAAAUCUCAGCUGCUUAUUGGUGUAAGACGUGCAAAUCGUCAGCAAACAACUUUGCCAUCUUCAGUUCUUUCUGCAGACAGUAUGCACAUAGGUGUCCUUGCUGCUGCAGCACAUGCUGCUGCCAACCACAGCCCUUUCACUGUAUUCUAUAAUCCCAGGGCCUGUCCUUCUGAGUUUGUUGUUCCGCUGGUCAAAUAUCAGAAGGCUGUAUAUGGCAUUCAAGUUUCUAUUGGAAUGAGAUUUGGAAUGAUGUUUGAAAUGGAGGAGUCAGGUAAACGCAGAUAUAUGGGCACUGUAGUUGGGAUUAGUGAUAUUGAUCCAGUGAGAUGGCCAGAUUCAAAAUGGCGAACACUCCGGGUCGAAUGGGAUGAACCUUGUUGCAGUGAAAGACAAAGCAGGGUCAGUAUCUGGGAAAUUGACACUGCAGAAAAUCCUUUCCUUAUUUGUCCUUCUGCAUUUUCAACUCUCAAGCGACAGUAUCAAUUUGGUUAUGGAGGAGAAGAGACUGACAGAGAGACUUUUAAAAGGUUGAAUUUGGAGAUGCCUGGGAAUGGCAAUAGCACCUUCCAAAGCUCCUUUGUUUCUGAUGGUACUGCAGAACAGAUUAUGAGAGCACUCCAUAGACCUGGGAUGCAUGCUCUCGGGGCACUAGGGGGAUGUGGUGGACAAAUGGCUGCUUCUGACUUGCAGGGUCUUGCAGAGGAAAUUUACAAAGGGAAUUUGCCUCCCUUUCAAUUUUCUCAGUCGUGCUUAAAUGGAAUACAGCUGCAGAAUGAAGAAUCACAAACUGCUUCAAUAGAAAAGCACAACCAACUUCUGCAACAGCAUUCUGUCCAAGUCCAGAACCACAGUUCAUCAAAUUGCGUUGAGAGGCCUCAACUUGUAGACUCGGCUCUAAUUUCAUUGGUGCAGGUGGAGACACUAGAACAAGGUGCUGAAGCUACAUUGCAUCACCUAAAUGCUCCGGAUCAACUGUCAGUGACAGAAAACAAGAGCCAAAAAGUGGAGGACAAGUGCAAUAAACAAAAUCCAGAAGAGUGCAUGGAUAAUCCUUCAUGCAGCAAGACAUCGAAAGGGGUACAAUCCACAAGACCUCUUCAUGUUGAUCCGCUUGCAGCACAGUGUCAGAACGAUUCUUUAGAAAAUCCAAGGGUUUUACAGCAAGAGCUGCCGAACCAGUCCAACCUAUCAACAAGCUGCCAAGAUGAGGAGCUCUUAGAGAGACUGCCUAGCCAGUUGCAAUCUUUGAGUCAAUCAUGCUUGCUGCAGGGAUCAUCGCAACAUAUGCAAAUUGUUUCUCCUCAAACUGAAGUGAAGGUACUUCAGCCGUUACAACCGGAACGCCAACAUUCAGACGCUGAUAAUCUCUGCCAGAUGCUUCAACUCCCAAUGCAACAUACAUCUCAAUUCCAGGAUGUUGAAGAACUGAUGCUUCAUCCAAGUCUUUUUCAGACUCUCAGUGGCAUGUUGAGGGUGCCUAUUCCGAUGGUAGAACCUGAGACGUCAAUUUUGUCUGAAUUAGACAGCUCAGACACGUGUGUAAAUGCCAAUGCCAUUGCAGGAGUUCAUUCAGGAAGGCGUGAUUCUGACGUCAAAUUGCAGUCACCAUGCAUCUUUAAUUUCAAUAUUGAUGCAACCCAACCUUUCCAGGUCCCUGCCCAAGAAUUAUAUGGGCUUGCCCAUCAGUCGUACCUAAAAAAUAUUUGUAGUACUUCAGGGACCUUUUCCUGCAAGAAAAUAGAUCUUGGUGGCCCGCAAGAUACCCUCAAUCUGCAAAACAUCUCAAAGUGCUACAGUUCGAAAGAUGUUACUGAGGAGAGUAAUAUAUAUGGCAAUAAUCACUUGGAAGUCAGCAACGCAAGUACUUUAAUGGAUCCAUAUGUUUCAGGCUUAGUCAUGGAACGCUUCAGCACCCUGAAGGGUGGUUGCCUUUAUAAUCCUUCUGAAUGUCUCGUGGGUGACUAUAGUUCUAGCCAGGAUCUUCAGUCCCAGGUUACAUCCAUGGGACCAUCCGAAUCACAGACCUUCUCUGCCCAAGAGGUACCUGAGUCCUUUGGAAGGCUGCCUUCAUGUGGUGCGGCUGCCAGAGAAACGUGCUUCCAUACAAGCUCAUUACAGCAAGGUUCUCCACCUUUUCGAACAUAUACCAAGGUCCAAAAGCUAGGAUCUGUUGGUCGAUCUAUUGAUGUCACAAGGUUUAAAGAUUAUGAUGAGCUGAAGUACGCAAUUGCAUGCAUGUUUGGUCUUGAGGGGAAACUGAAUGAUCCUAGAGAAGCUGACUGGAAACUAGUCUAUACAGACUAUGAAAACGAUGUGCUUCUUGUUGGUGAUGAUCCAUGGGAGGAAUUCAUUAGAUGCGUUCGUUGCAUCAAGAUUUUAUCCCCUUCCGAGGUACAACAGAUGAGCCAGGAGGGCAUGCAGCUACUUGGUUCUGUUGCUAAUCAUUUGCAGUCCAGUGAAUGGUAAAUGUUCUGUUCUCAUUUCUAUGUUCCAUGUUCUCUUUUUUUUUUUUUGGUGUUUUUCUCAGAAAUUAAUUUGUUAAAUGUCUUGUUGAUCUGUAAGAAUCCGAGGCAUCUGUGUACCAUAUAGUUUGACUGCUUGAGGAAUCUCACUACUAUGUAAUAUUGGACCUAUGAACACGGCUUUAAGCUAGCCCAAGAAGAGAAGCUUGAUCUUGUACUGGAUAUUAUUGGCAUGUUCGGCUGCGUUUCGGCAUUAAAAACUAUAAUUUGUGUGAA